AAUUUCCCCACGCUCCGCGAUACGACGGCGAGAGUAGGAGUAGCAGCAACAGACAAGGGAAGAGCGGAAAUGGACGGCCUCUGCGAAUCCUCGCUGACGUUCUUCUCCGAUCAGCGGCAGUGCCGCGCCGACGUCCUCCCUCCGGCCGAAGCUCGCGCCAGGAUCGAAGUCGCCGUGCUCGGUUUCCUCCGGACCCUGACUUCCCGCGACCCUGCGAUCUCGCAUCUUCCCCUGAUUAAUAGGACGUCGAGUAAUAGCGGAGUGAAUCAUGGGCUACUUACCGAUGUUUCAUGGAUUUUUCUGUCACACUCGUGCUGCACAAGGUCUUUGAUGAGAGCUAAUGCCACAAAAGCCUUCAUUAGAGUCUGGAAGGUCAUGGAGAUGUGUUAUCAGAUUUUGCUUCAAGAGAAGAGACUCACUCAGAGGGAGCUUUACUACAAAUUGCUUUGUACAUCAUCGGAGUACUUCACUUCCCAAUUGCAAGUUAAUAAGGCAAUCCAAGAUAUCGUAGCAUUGCUUCGGUGUAGCCGAUACAGUCUCGGAAUCAUGGCCUCUAGCAGAGGACUUGUAGCUGGAAGACUGUUGCUGCAGGAGCCAAACAAGGAGACUGUUGAUUGCUGUUCAUGUGGCUCUUCCGGGUAUCCUAUAUCCGGUGACUUGAAUUUGCUGGAGAAGUUGAUUAUGAAGACUGAUGCACGCUAUAUAAUCCUCGUAGAGAAGCAUGCAAUAUUCCAGCGACUGGUAGACGAUCAUGUGUUCAAUCAGAUCCCAAGCAUACUAAUCACAGCCAAAGGUUAUCCAGAUAUUGCAACGAGGUUUUUUCUCCACCGAAUGAGCCAGAAUUUUCCAAAUUUACCAAUUCUGGCAUUGGUAGACUGGAAUCCAGCUGGAUUGGCAAUACUGUGCACUUUUAAAUUUGGGAGCAUUGGAAUGGGUCUUGAAGCUUUUCGAUAUGCUUGCAAUGUGAAGUGGUUGGGAUUGCGAGGGAGUGAUCUGGAACUGAUACCGGAAGAAUCUUUUAUUCCCUUCAAGCCAAAAGAUAUAGGAAUAGCAAAAAGCUUGAUGUCCUCAAAGCUCUUGCAGGAAAAUUACCAGGGGGAAUUGGCAUUGAUGACUGAGACAGGUCAGAGAGCCGAGAUCGAAGCUCUGUACUUCCACGGAUAUGAUUAUUUGGGGAAGUACAUUGCCAAGAAGAUUGUGCAGGUCGAUUACAUUUGAUUAAACAAUCAUGACUUGAACAGUAUAGUGCAUGACGAGUAUAGCGGGGUGCAAAGGCUCUAGAAAUUGCGCAGUGUUAUUUACUCACCAAAAAACCCAAAGACGAUAGCAAGUAAAGACGCGAUUUCGACCGAAGUUGAGUUUCUAUUCAAAAGUGGGGAGGUAUAGACGGUGCUCCAGUUUCUCCACCAUAAUGUAAUCGAAAUAACCUCUCUGAACUAAUGCUAGUA